CUUUAAAUACUUUUUGUUCGUACUCUCACUAUCACAAGUUAACAAAAAUAUUUGUUUGGUGAUAGAAGAAUUCGUUCACCUGUGAAUGUUGUGAAUGAAGUAAAAGAAAAUUGUUAACAAAACAAAAGCGGCAUAAAGUGUGACGUCACACAAUUGACAUGAAAAUGAUCGGGAGUGAUUAUGUUUUGGAAGCACACAAUAUUUUUCACACCACUGAGGUCGACGGUGGUGGAUGUUUUAAUGGAGGAGGAAGUUCGGCUCUUGUGCUCAAAGGAGUUAAUCUGACUGUACACAGUGGUGAAGUUAUGGCUAUAUUAGGCUCUAAAGGUAGUGGAAAACGUGCAUUACUUGAUGUUAUAUCAAGCCGUGCAGAUGGUGCUACGCGAGGUCAAGUACUUCUUAAUGGAUCACCACUUACAAAAGGUCUCUUUCAACAACGUUGUGGAUAUGUUACUCAGUCUUGUGCAUUUAUACCAGGUCUUACAGUUGCUCAAACUCUACAUUACACACCUACAAUCCUGUCCGGGUAUCUGAAAAGCUCAAAAGUGCGUCAAGUGUUAGCUGAUUUAGCAUUAUCACAGGUUGCUCAUAAACGUGUUGAAUACUUGAAUAUAAGCGAAGCUAGACGUUUAUCAAUUGGAAUUCAAUUAGUUCGUGAUCCCGUUAUGCUUCUACUAGAUGAACCCACACAGGGUUUAGAUCCAUUAAGUGCUUAUUUGCUCAUUUCGAUACUUUCGAAUACCGCUAAGAAGACUGGUUGUGGCAUUUUACUUUCCUUGGAGAAACCACGUUCCGAUGUUUUUCCUUUCUUAGAUCGUGCUCUCUUCCUUUGUUUAGGUGGCGUAGUUUACUCAGGUGGUACACGUGCUAUGCUGGAAUAUUUUCAUGGCAUUGGUUUUCCAUGCCCACAGUUGGAAAAUCCAUUAAUGUAUUAUUUAUGCUUGUCUACAGUUGAUCGUAGAAGCCGUGAUCGUUUUUUGGAAUCAAGCCAACAGAUCGAAGCGCUUGUUGAGCGUUUCUCUAGAGAAACUCCAAUAUCAGAUGCACCUUUGAAUAGUAUGGGUACUGGUAAAGUACCAUUAGCUUAUGGUAAGCCCGGUGAAUUAAAAGUGUGGAUAAUGCUCUAUUUAAAACUGUUGGCUUCAACAUUUUCUUGUGGUGUCGCUGGUAUGAAAUCAUUAUUUUUGCGUUUAUGUUUAUUACCUAUAGCAAUGAGUUUGAUGUGGUUAUUCUAUACAAAUGCCGGAGAUGAUGCACAUGGAUUUUUCACAAAAAAUGGCAUGAUUUUGAAUAUAAUUGGCUUAUCAUAUGGAUGUGGAAUAUUCACUACUACAUCAUUAUUUCCAAUUUGGCGAAAACGUUUCUCACAGGAUACUCCAGAAGGACUGUAUUCAGGCGCUACUUUAUUGAUUGCAUAUAAUUCCGUAUCUAUACCAUUCUCAAUAAUAUCUGCUGUACUGGGUAGCUGCGUUAUUUAUCCUUUACUAUUGGAUCCGAAAUUUCCUAAUGGCACAGUAUUUGCUUAUCUUUUGGUUGCCCUCUGGUCCAGUUAUGUUCUGGCUGAACAAUUAACAGUAGCGUUUUUAUUGGUGGUCAAAGUUCCCUUCAACGCAGCAAUAGCUGUCACUUAUAUAUUAGUUAUAAGUAUAGCUUUAGCUAGUGGUACAGUUCGUUCAUAUAAAGGUUUACAACCAUGGUUACAGGAUAAUACUAAAGGAACACAUACUCGUUAUGCCUCUUCAUUAUUGCAUAGUAUAGCCUUCCAGUCGCGUAAAAUGAAUUGCACAGACACCGCAUCGCAUAUUUGUCCUAAGCCUGCAGAUUUCUUGCAUGAGCGUUUAGGAGUAGCUGAUCCAGAUGAAACUAUUGAUGUAGCUGCAUCGUGUGCAUUUGCUGUUGGUUUGGCUGCCUUUAAUAUGCUUUUGUACUUAUUCCCUAUGCCGCGUUGUGUAAAGCAAAAGUUUAAAGACUGAAAGGAGACGUCGAAAUAUAAAUAAUUUUUUCGAAACUAGAGAUAUAUAAUAAAUAAAAUAUUUUUUAGAUAAUUAUA